UCUCGAAAUGUUCCAAGGGAGAAACAGGCGACAGCUUUCUGAUCUGGGCCACAAAGCGCAUGGCUAAGGGCUCGCAAGGGGAUAAGACUGAUAGCACAUCGACUCUUGUGGAAAGCCGCUCAGCGCGUAGUUAUUUACUGCUGCGAAGCAGUGGAUUGAGAGGCGAUAGCAGAGGCAACAGUGUAGCGGCCACAAGUCGAGGUCUUCUUCGGAGAUUCAACUACAUCGCCCUCGGACUCUUGGGUCAAGGAAGUUAUGGAGGUGUCUACAGGGCGCACUCGCUGAGGCUGGAUACAGACGUCGCUGUCAAGAUAGUAUGCAAGGCGAAGGUGCCUAGGAACUACGCCGAAAAGUUCUUAACCAGGGAACUCCAAGUGAUCAGGUACCUGCGCCAUCAGAACGUCAUACGCCACCUAGAAGUAAUCGAGAGCGUUAAUAGGGUUUAUAUUGUAAUGGAAUUAGCGCACAAUGGUUCUCUGCGGGACUAUCUGCGUCGUGUCAAGCGCGUGGGUGAGGCAACAGCCCGGGGGUGGUUUCGACACCUGGUUGAUGGAGUCACUUACUUGCACAACAAAGGAAUCGUGCACCGUGACCUCAAGUGCGACAACUUGCUACUGAGUAAGCAAAUGGAGCUGAAGAUCGCAGACUUCGGCUUCGCCCGUUCGCACUUGCGCCUGGAUACCAAGUCACAGCGGUUUAAGUACCAAGGCCCACUCAGUUCAACCUUUUGCGGAAGUUACGCAUACGCUUCACCAGAGCUUCUCACUGGCAUUCCCUACCAACCACACCUAGCGGACAUAUGGAGCAUGGGUGUCAUAUUGUACUUCAUGACGGAGCAAGGAAACAACAUUUAUGAUUACACGAAACCCUGCAAGCAGUCUACACGAGCAACAACCAUGCGAAGUAUUUGCGGCAAGCAGCGUCUCAGUCACCAAUGAGUAGAGCGUUGAAACCUUGGAGGCGCUGUCGGAGAUCCUGCUGCCCAAAGUCACCGUUCAGCCAGUCGUUGUAGACAAUUUCAUGCACAGCAAGCCUGCUGUGGCUACCAGUGACCGCCUAUGCGGCGAAACGUUGGAGGUGCUGUCCCAUCGUGCUUCCCAAAGUCGCGGUUCAUCCAAUCACAGCAGGAAAUUCCGAGCACAGCAAGUCUACUCUGGCUACCAGUGACUGCCUAUGCGGCGAAACUUGGAGGUGCUGUCCCACCCUGCUGCCCAAAGUCGCGAUUCACCCAGUCACAGCAGGCAAUUCCAAGCACAGCAAAUCUACUGUGGCUAGCAGUGACUGCUAAUGCGGCGAAACUUGGAGGUGCUGUCCCACCCUGCUGCCCAAAGUCGCGAUUCAUCCAGUCACAGCAGGCAAUUCCAAGCACAGCAAGUCUACUGUGGCUACCAGUGACUGCCAAUGCGGCGAAACUUGGAGGUGCUGUCCCAUCGUGCUGCCGAAUCGUGCUGCCCAAAGUCGCGGUUCAUCCAAUCACAGCAGGCAAUUUCAAGCACAGCAAGUCCACUGUGGCUACCAGUGACUGCCAAUGCGGCAAAACUUGGAGGCGCUGUCCCACCCUGCUGCCCAAAGUCGCGGUUCAUCCAAUCACAGUAGGCAAUUCCAAGCACAGCAAGUCUACUGUGGCUACCAGUGACUGCCAAUGCGGCGAAACUUGGAGGUGCUGUCCCACCCUGCUGCCCAAAGUCGCGAUUCAUCCAAUCACAGCAGGCAAUUUCAAGCACAGCAAGUCUACUGUGGCUACCAGUGACUGCCAAUGCGGCAAAACUUGGAGGCGCUGUCCC